AUGGCGUUCUCUCCGUUUGUGAGCGAGGUUGCGGCGGAGUUUAUUGGUACUUUUCUCUUCGUGUUAACUAUUCCUUUGGCCUCGCUGGGUGUGGGAUCACUGGCCCCACUGCCGAUUGGUUUUAUGCUAGCAGCGAUGACGUUCUCCUUUGGAUACAUUAGUGGAGCUCAUUUUAAUCCAGCCGUCACCUUUGCCACGUUGAUCAAUGGCAAGAUUUACAUCAAGAAGGCGCUGUUGUACAUCCUCGCACAGAUUUUGGCAGCUUUUUUGGCAGCUCUGUACGGCUCAGCCAUCGUUGGCCUCAACAUUCCCGUUCCUUCGACGGAUGUCUCUCUAGUGAGUGUGUGGCAGGCCAUCUUAUGUGAGAUGGUGUACACCUUCGCCCUGGCCUCCGUGGUGCUGCAUGUGAACUACUCUAGGCAGCGGGGCAAUGAAUUUUACGGGUUUGCAAUUGGCAUGACUGUACUUUCCGCCUCCUUUGCAGUGGGUGGUUUUACUGGCGGUGCCUUUAAUCCUGCCGUGGCCACAGGCACGCAGCUGGUUGGCUGUAUUGGCGGAAACUGCAAGCCACUUAUCUUUUUUUGGAUCUAUUGGGUUGCGCCACUGGGAGGUUCCGUUUUGGCGUCGAUUGCCUAUCAAAUUCUGGACACGCACGACCGCGCGUCGCCAAACGAUAUCUUAUUUAGAGUCUUCUGA